UCCCCAUGGUCGAAGCAUCAACAAACAAGAUGGAGGACGCAUUAGAUAGAUUUUCAAAAUCGUUUUGGAAUCCAAAUUUUUGGCUACCUGUUGGAUACACAUGGGAAGAUCUGGUAGCUCAAACUUCCAAAGAUGAAUAUUAUCCAAGAGUAGAAGAUAUAUUUUUGCCAUCCAUUCUCCUCGGCGUCUGUUUAUUAGUGUUUAGAUACGUUUAUGCUAGAUUGGUUGUUAUACCAAUGGGUAGAUAUUUGGGAAUUAAAGAACCAAAGAAAUGCCAGCUCAAAGAAAAUCCUGUACUUGAAACAGCCUUCAAAAAAUAUAAAUCUAAAGUAGAAAAUAAUCUUACGGAACUCUCAAAAAGGACAAGUAUGUCAGAGAGACAGAUCAUGAGAUGGAUGAGAACAAGGGCUAAACUUGAUGCACCCAGUGUUAUGAAGAAAUUUGAAGAGACAUGCUGGCACUUUCUAUUUUACAUAGUUCUGUUUUGGUAUGGACUGUUUACCCUCUGGGAUAAAUCCUGGUUUGUCAAAACUGAAAAUUGCUGGGUAGGAUGGCCAAAACAGCAUGUUACAAAUGAUGUGUACUUGUACUAUGCAAUAGAACUGGGAUUUUACUGGAGUUUAUUGUUUACAUUAUCAACAGACGUUAAAAGAAAGGAUUUCACAGAAAUGGUCACUCAUCAUGUAGUUACUAUAUUCCUUGUCUUUUUCUCGUGGGUAACUAAUUUUGUUAGAAUUGGGACUCUAGUACUGUGUGUACAUGAUGCUGUAGAUUAUUUCUUAGCAGGAGGUAAAAUAGGAACGUAUAUGAAAAGAGACACAAUAGCUACAAUUCUGUUUGUAAUGUUUUUGCUUGUGUGGAUUGCUUCAAGACUCAUCAUCUUUCCUUUCUUCGUUAUUUAUAGUGCUUCAGUAGAAUCUAGGAUAAUACAAGGUGUGGCAGAAAGCAACACGUAUAUGUUUUUUAACGGAUUACUGUACAUCCUACAAGUUCUACACAUCAUUUGGAGCUACAUGAUAUUUAGAAUAGCUUACAGAAAAGUUACUCGUGGCAAGAUAGAAGAUGUUAGAAGUGACUCUGAAGACGAUAAAGAUGAACUAAGUGAAGGUGAAGAUUACAAAUGCAUUCCUAAUAAUGUCAAGAACAAUAGUCCAAGGGCAAGGCCAAAGUUCAGAGGAGACAAAGGGCACCAGUGACGUAAUUACAGUAGAAAAGAUCAAUGUUAAAAUGUUUCAAUAGCAAAUUCUUGUCUAACAUAAUAUCAAGGUUUUUAAGUCAAAUGUUAUCUGAAAGCUCCAUUGUAUAAAGAAGAACACUGCACUGAAAUCCAGAGAAUCUCACAAAAUUAAAUAAAUUCAUGUGCUUCAGAAUUGUAAGUCACUGCUUUACUUGGUGCAGUCAUGGUGUUUCUUAUGGCAAGUCAAAUUCUGGAGUUUGGUGUCGAGGUGUCCAUAACAAACAGUAAUAUUUAUUCAGAUAAAAGGAAAAUUUUUAGCACAAAACAGUAAAUAUUUGACAAAAGCCGAGAUUCAGUACAGUGAAAAUAUUUAAAAAUUAAACUAUUGAAAGUAUUUUUCCCCACUUAGACUAGUUUGAACAGAAUUGCUUAAAACCAAAGGAUAAACCUCAACAUAGUUCAGGCUUAUUUGCAGUGUGGAAACACACAUAAUCAUGUUAUGCAGCUACUUAAGAAUUCUCUUUUAGCAGGGUGUGUGUUAAAUUUAACACAGGCUAACAUAGAAGUUUUAUUUUUUUGUUUUAUUUACUCAUGGGUUUUCUUUUGUUGCUUAGACUGUUAUAAACCAUGUAUAUAAUAUGGGAUAUUUUUACAAUUUUGUACCUCAAAAUAUUUUUUUACAUUUAUAGUUUAUUUAGAUUACUGAAACGAUUCUAGAAUGUUAGAAUGAAGAUCUUGUAUACAUAA